AUGGGUCGCUUCUUAUACUUCGGUGCGCUUUGGUCUGCUUUGGCUAGCAUGGUCAGUGCAAAAGCACCCUUAGACCAGAAAUGGACUGAGCGGUCCAUAUACCAAGUCAUGACAGACCGGUUUGCCCGGUCCAACAGUUCCGACGAUAGUUCUUGCGAUCCGUACAAGUACUGCGGAGGUUCGUGGGUUGGAAUCGUCGACAAGCUGGACUACAUCCAGGACCUCGGGUUCACAGCCGUCCAGAUAUCUCCGGUCGUGGAGAACAUUCCAAACAACACCAAGUACGGGGAGGCCUAUCAUGGAUACUGGCCGCAGAACUUAUACGCCUUGAACGAGCACUUCGGAGCUGCUGAGGAUCUGAAGAAUUUGGCAGACGAGCUCCACAAGAGGGGCAUGUACUUGAUGGUCGAUGUCGUGAUCAAUGACAUGGCUCAAGCUGUUAAAGGCUCAAUGGAUGAUGACCAUCCUCCUGAGAUGGAUUGGUCCCAGCUCAUCCCUUUCAAUCAUGAGAAGUACUACCAUCCUGCCUGCCAAAUCAGGGACUGGAAUGACCCGGAGGAUUAUCAGAACUGCUGGUUUGCAGUGCAGAAGGUGGCUCUGCCUGACCUGAAUACAGAGGAUGAUAGGGUUGUUCGGAUGAUCCAGGAAUGGGUGAAAGGGCUUGUCGGCAACUACUCGAUCGAUGGCCUGCGCAUCGAUGCUACCAAGCAUGUGGACGAUGCCUAUUUAACUAACUUCAAUCGGGCUGCUGGAGUAUUCACUUUAGGUGAGGUGUACAGCGGAGACACAGAUCUGGUGUGCAGAUACGAAAGGUUCGUCUCGGGGCUUCUGAACUUUCCAAUUCAUACUCCAAUGGUCAAGGCAUUCACUGCAGGGGAAAUGGAAGGGCUUGCGGAGAAAGUUCGCGCUGUGCACGACGACUGCAAAGACUUUACCCGUCUGGCUACGUUUCUCGAGAACCAUGACAUUCCACGCUUUGCCUCGCUAGUGAAUGAUACCACACUCGCCAAAAAUGCAAUGGCCUUCAAUAUUCUCUCUGACGGUAUCCCUGUUGUUUAUCAAGGCCAGGAACAACAUAUGGCAGGGAACUUUGCACCGUACAAUCGUGCGCCACUCUGGACCACCGGAUACAACACCAGUGGCCCACUAUACAACUUGACGGCAACGCUGAACAAGAUACGAAACCACGCUAUCAGAAUGGACCGGCAUUACGUCUCGAAUCACAGCAGAGAAUUAUACCUCGACGGCUCAACAUAUGUCACCAGAAAGGGCUCGGACGGCUUCCAAGUCGUGUCGGUCUUCUCCAACCAAGGCUCUACCGGUGGUCCCUAUAAACUUACAUUGAACAACACUUUCUCACCCAACACGGAGGUCCUAGAAGUUCUGAAUUGCUCAAAACAUAAAGUUGACAAUCAUGGUCGUCUUACCAUUGACAUGGACGCUGGAGAGCCGAGAGUCUUCUAUCCGUCGAAGAAGCUGAGGGAUUCAGGGCUAUGCGGCUACCACAAGCGCAACACAUCUCUGUCGACAAAUUCGACGAGGAAUAAUACCGUGAACGGUACAAGUAAGAAUACGACGACGGAUGAGAAAUCAUCCUUUGGACACCAGGCUAUCAUCCCUUCAUCUGCCAUACUAUUCUGCGUUUUAUUUGUGACCGCCGGCUGGUUGCUUUGA